UAGUGGUUGACUGGUUGCCUUAUUGAACUCUCUAGAAUAGUAUAUUUUAAUAUUGAUUACAUUGUUUAAGCUUGUGUUUAGGGUGAUUUUUAUUCUUUCUUAAUUGGGAAUCAAAUCAUAUUGAAACAAGUGCUAGGUUCAGAAAAUAUUGUACUUUUCUGUUUUGGUUUAUGGGAUUGAGGUUUUCUAAUUAGGACAACUGCUGUGCUGAUAGUAAUGGGGUAUCUAAUUUCAGAUUCUUGCUCUGAGGCUCAUAUUGGAACUCCUUGUUUUGCCAAGUUCUUAUCUUUUGAGGAUUCUUGCAUGAUAUCUUGAUUUUUUAUCUUCAAGAUUUGGGAUUUAAGCUUCAUUUUUAUGUUGCAUUUGUUGACAGGAGCUUUUUUUUUGGGGAGAAACUGUGAGGUGAGGUAAUCCUCAGUCAUUUGUUGAUAGACGAGGAGUUAGGAUUUUGAGUUUAUGAGUUUAGAUUCUACAAAAAGCAAAUUACUGGUUCUUGAUAAGUGGAUUUUUUUUUAACACAAAUACAAUUCUGGGCCAAAGCUACGCGGUAGGCUAGCUCAAGCCGUGCUUGCUGGAAGGUAGCGAUGGAUGCCCAAGUGAAGAGGAGAGUGUUUCUCUUAUUGGUUUCAUGUAUAUGGGUGCCUAUGGUGGUUCUUGGUGGGACUGAGAAUGUCACUGUCUCUUCCUUGUCUAGGCCAAAAGUGGUGAAGUUUGGAGCUUUAUUCACAGUAAAUUCAGUGAUCGGAAGUUCUGUAAUGCCAGCCAUUUUAGCUGCAGUUGAUGAUGUUAAUGCUGAUUCUACAGUACUUAGUGGGACCAAAUUGGACGUCAUAACACAGGAUACAAAUUGCAGUGGAUUCAUAGGCACUAUUGAUGCUUUGCAGCUGAUGGAGAAAGAAGUUGUUGUUGCGGUGGGUCCGCAAUCCUCUGGAAUAGCACAUGUCAUUUCUCAUGUAGUGAAUGAACUUCGUGUCCCGCUUUUGUCUUUUGCAACUGAUCCUACUCUUUCCUCUCUUCAGUACCAAUAUUUUCUUAGAACUGUCACAAAUGAUUACUUCCAGAUGUAUGCUAUUGCUGAUCUGGUUGAUUAUUAUGGAUGGAAGGAGGUUAUAGCCAUAUUUGUUGAUGAUGACAACGGUAGAAAUGGGAUAUCGGUGUUGGGUGAUGCCCUUGCAAAGAAGCGGGCCAAGAUCUCUUAUAAAGCAGCCUUUUCUCCUGGAGCUACUAUGAGUGAUAUCGAUGACUUGUUAGUCAGUGUGAACCUUAUGGAGGCACGAGUUUAUAUUGUUCAUGUAAAUCCUGAUACUGGACUGUCCUUUUUUUCGAAGGCAAAAAAAUUGGGAAUGAUGAGCAGUGGUUAUGUUUGGAUUGCUACUGAUUGGCUUCCAUCUGUUUUGGAUUCAUCAGAUUCUAAUAAAGAUACUAUGGACAUACUACAAGGGGUUGUCGCGCUUCGCCAUCACACUCCAGAUUCUGAUAAGAAAAAGACAUUUGCAUCUCAAUGGAAAAACUUGAAGAGUAUACAAACUUCAAGGUUUAAUUCUUAUGCACUCUAUGCUUACGAUACAGUUUGGUUGGUUGCCCGUGCACUUGACCUUUUCUUCAAGAAUGGUGGACAUGUCACUUUCUCUGAUGACCCCAGUUUGCGUGAUACCAAUGGAAGUGCUCUGAAGUUGUCAUCCCUCCGAGUUUUUGACCAAGGACAGAAACUACUCCAGAUACUUGUUGGCAUGAACUUCACAGGUCUAACUGGUCAGAUUCAGUUUGAUCCUCAGAAGGAUUUGAUUCAUCCAGCAUAUGAUGUUCUUAAUGUAGUUGGAACUGGAUUACGCACUAUAGGUUACUGGUCAAACUAUUCUGGUCUCUCUGUUAUAACUCCUGAGGUUUUAUACACAAAGCCUGCUAACACUUCAACCAGUAACCAACAUCUAUAUAAUGCUAUAUGGCCUGGAGAAACUAUAAAACGACCUCGAGGAUGGGUGUUCCCCAAUAAUGGAAAGCCCCUGAGAAUUGCCGUUCCUUUCCGUGUCACUUUUGAAGAGUUUGUGAAGAAAGAUAAAGGACCUGCCGGGGUGAAAGGAUAUUGUAUUGAUGUUUUUGAGGCUGCAAUAGACUUGUUGGCUUACCCUGUCCCUCAUGUCUACAUUUUAUACGGAGAUGGAAAAAGAAACCCGUCGUUCAACAGCAUAGUGAAUGAUGUUGCACAAAAUAAAUAUGAUGCAGCUGUUGGAGAUAUUGCAAUUACAACAAAUCGCACAAGGAUUGUGGACUUCACACAGCCUUAUAUGGAAUCUGGACUCGUCGUAGUUGCUCCUGUCAAAGAGACCAAAUCCAGUCCUUGGGCUUUCUUUAAGCCAUUUACAAUUCAAAUGUGGGGUGUAACUGGGGUAUUCUUCCUCUUUGUUGGUUCUGUUGUUUGGAUUCUUGAGCAUCGGAUGAAUCCUGAAUUCCGCGGUCCACCGAGGAAACAACUCAUUACAGUGUUCUGGUUUAGUUUUUCAACCAUGUUUUUCGCGCACAGAGAGAACACAUUGAGCACCUUGGGACGCUGUGUGCUGAUCUUCUGGCUCUUUGUGGUUUUAAUCAUCAAUUCGAGCUAUACAGCUAGCUUGACAUCUAUCCUUACAGUGCAGAAGCUGUCUUCAGGAAUUGCUGGAAUUGACAGUUUAAUCUCAAGCCCUGAUCCUAUAGGAGUCCAGGAUGGGUCAUUUGCAUACAAUUAUCUCAUUGCUGAGCUACAUGUUCCAAAGUCACGGCUCCGAAUAAUAAAAAGCGAAGCUGAAUAUGUCAGCGCCCUCCAGCAAGGUCCAAAAGGUGGUGGUGUUGCUGCCAUUGUAGACGAGCUCCCUUAUGUUGAGCUGUUUUUGUCUAAUAGCAAAUGCAUAUUCAGGACUGUAGGACAGGAGUUCACAAAGAGCGGAUGGGGCUUUGCAUUUCAAAGGGACUCUCCUCUGGCUAUUGAUUUGUCAACUGCUAUCCUUCAACUAUCAGAAAAUGGUGAAUUACAAAGGAUCCAUGACAAAUGGCUAUCUAACAAAGAAUGCUCUUCACAAAACAACCAAGUUGACGACACUCGCCUUUCUCUCAGUAGCUUCUGGGGCCUUUAUGUGAUCUGUGGUGGUGCUUGUGCCGUUGCUCUUGUAGUGUUUAUCUGCAAGGUUUACUGUCAAUUCCUCAGGUAUGACCUCGAGACAGAGGAGCCGGAGAUCAGUGAACCUGAAUCUGCAAGGUCUAGUAGACGUUCCCUACGGUCACGUAGCUUCAAGGACUUGAUGGGCUUUGUUGAUAAAAGAGAAGCUGAGAUAAAAGAUAUGCUCAAACGUAAGAACAGUGACAACAAGAAACAGAUAAGUCAUAACUCAGAUGUGCAACAGAACUCUCCUGUUUAAAAUGUUGUUGGGUUGAUGUUCUUUUGUUCAAUGCAUCAACCUAUAUAUGUAUAUGACAUUU